AGCCACGGGUUCUGACAACAAUUGUUGAGACCGUGCAGUAGGCUGCUGUGUGGCAGGAGGCGGCCGGCCAGCGGAGAAUGGGGUGGAGACUCUCGGCUUAACAGCUGCGAGGGGGCAGGAAGCAGCGAGGCAGCAGAUGAGAGAGACACAGAGACACGGCCAAGGCAGACAAGACACACACAUUUAUAAAUCUGUGCUUUUUGUGAUCUGUCAGUCACGUCACUGGUGCCAGUCUGCGUUAAUUUCACCACCCCCCCGUUAGUCUGCUGUUUAUUUCCGACCGAGCGAGAAAAAAUCAGCGACGCGCUGAGAGUCACACAGUGGCAUUCGCUGUGGCGCGCCGCGGCUAUAAAUCGCUGCAUUUUAUUAUAUUUUUUUCGUGAGAUAUUUCCCCUACAGUAUUUAGGGGAAAUUAUCCGCGAGAUCAGCCCAAGCUGAUGAUCCCCCGCAGAGCAGGACCCCAGGGUGGACCGUAGUCUCCGCGAGGCCGGCGAGUCGCGUUGUCUUCUCGUUAAACGACGACAAUAUCGUGACUGUCGCCACAUAUUCGACGCUCUUCGGCUGUUUUAUCUUCUUCAUCAUCAUCGCUGCCGCCGCCGCCGCCUUCGAGGUCCGAGCCGAGGAGCUGGAGGAUGUGCUGAGGAGGCGCUCGUUUCCGGGCACAUGGACCAGGACUUGAGUGCCCCAAAGUGGACUGGAGAGGAGUCUGAUGGAGAGACUGAGUCAGAUGAGUUUUUCUGCGGGGUGCAGGUGAAUGCAGAUGGAGAGACACAUCGCCAUCCACAGCUGGAUGCCGACAUCGAAAGUGUGAGAGAGAAAUAUGGGGAUGGUGCUGUCCAGAUCAGGGAGUAUGGAGCCAUUGAUGAUGUGGCUGUUGAUCUUCAUAUCAAUGUGGGAUUCUUGGAUGAGGAGAUUGCGACGGCUUGGAAGGUGAUGCGAACUGAGGCGGUUGUUCUACGCCUCCACUUUUCGCUGUCUCAGUAUUUGGAUGGCCCAGAGCCAAGCGUUGAUGUAUUUCAGCCUUCAAACAAAGACAGUUUUGGAAUUGGCCUUCAGCUCAAAAAAGUCCUCAAGGCCUUUGUGUCACAGCAGUGGAAGCACCUGAGCAAUGAUUGCUUGCAGAGCCAGCACAGCAAGCGACUCAACUUGCUCAAGUCCAGCAGGAAUGCCAAAAAGCUCCGCUCGCCGCUCAGUCUGCUCUCCCACCUGCACAGGUCCCCAAGCUUCCUCUUCCACCAGGAUGGAGGAGGCCGUGGCAAACGGAAUCUGGAACAGAACGGAUCCUCCCAGCAGGGAAAUGCAACAAAAACUCUUCCAAUAUUAGAACACGGCUUUCUUGUUCAGACCAUGCUGUAUGGCGAACAAAGAAUACCAACCCUUAACGAGUUCUGCGUAGUGUGCGACGAGCCACACGUGUUUCAGAAUGGCCCCAUGCUCAAGCCGGCUGUUUGCGCCCGGGAACUCUGCGUCUUCGCCUUCCAGACGCUUGGAGUGAUGACGGGUGCUGCUGCUGAAGUGGCCACAGGCCCAGAGGUUGUGGACCUGUUAUUGGCCAUGUGCCGAUCAGCACUGGAGUCUCCCCGCAAGAGUAUUAUUUUUGACCCCUAUCCAUCUGUCGUCGACCCAAACGACCCCAAAGCCCUUGCCUUCAACCCCAAGAAAAAAAACUACGAGAGAUUGCAGCGCGCAUUGGACAGCAUCAUGUCGGUGAGAGAAAUGACCCAGGGAUCCUAUUUGGACAUCAAAAAGCAAAUGGACAAGCAGGACUCUCUGGCACACCCCCUUCUGCAGUGGGUAAUUUCCAGUAACCGCUCCCACAUUGUGAAGCUGCAAAGCAGUCGGCAGUUGAAGUUCAUGCACACUCCGCACCAAUUCCUGCUGCUCAGCAGCCCACCGGCCAAGGAGGCCCGCUUCCGCGCUGCCAAGAAGCUCUACGGCAGCUCGUUCGCCUUUCAUGGAUCACACACGGAAAACUGGCACUCGAUUCUGCGAAACGGUCUCGUGAACGCCUCCUACACCAAGCUCCAGCUUCAUGGAGCUGCCUAUGGAAAGGGGAUCUACUUGAGCCCCAUCUCCAGCAUUAGCUUUGGCUACUCUGGGAUGGGGAAGGGACAGCACAGGAUGGAAUCGAAAGAGAAACUGGUACAGAAUUGCAACCGGGUCAACACCACACCACAGAUAAAAACCAUGCAGUCGAGGUUUUUGCAGAGCCGGAAUUUAAACUGCAUUGCACUCUGCGAAGUCAUCACAUCGAAGGACCUGCAGAAGCAUGGAAACAUCUGGGUGUGCCCCAUGUCUGAUCACGUCUGCACUCGCUUCUUUUUUGUGUACGAAGAUGGGCAGGUUGGCGACGCGAACAUCAACACACAGGACCACAAGGUGCAAGCGGAGAUUCUGCGCAUCUUGGGAAUGCAGUCCGUUUCCCUGUGACCCCGACGUAGCUGUGCCCUGUCGGGCAGGGUUGACAGCAGGUGUUGCUGGUGGAAAGCCGCGUCUGGGAACUGGAACUUCACUGGAACUGACGGUUACACUGAUUACUUGCACAACAGCUUAUAAAAAAAUAACAAGGGCAAAUGAAAUGUAAACUAACGAGUGGCAUAUAUAGUCGUCCAGGGGCCAAAAUUUUAAACACAACUGCCAAGCGUUAGUGUGUUUUUUUUCCUCCGUGCCAAAUUAAUCUUUGAAUAUGAAAAUACCAAUUAAUAAAGUGGUGUAAACUAAAAAAAUAUUGUACACAAUUUUAAAUUAAAGUGCAUCCCACUUAUUGUAUUUAACAGGGCUCACUUGUACAUGCAUUAUUUGGUUAAAUCGAAGAAACCACCCCGACCUAAAAUUCACAGGUUGGAUUUUUGUAGGUUUUCCCGUCUGUUUGGCAAAAAAAAAUAUUGCCUAUUUAUCCUUUGAUUUAUGCCUGCAAUGUUAUGCUGCUUUAUAAAUGUAAAAUAAAUUUUGAGGUCUUAAAUGAGCAGCAGUAUUGUCAGCUCAUGUUUUCUUUCCAGUGAGAACCAAUUCAGUUUUUCUGCUGGAUUAGACAUUCCCCUUUCCUAACUAUAAGUUGCAAGUCUUUACGUUGAUGUGCAAGUUAAGUACAUAUUAUUAAGCUGUUAAUAAUGUAAGUAUGUUGACAGUGUAUAAAUAACAAUUUCAGGUUUAUUGGUGACCUUUUAGAAGAAAAUACAUUUCAGAAAUUCUGCUUUAGCUUCCUCAAAAUUACAAUAACUGCGGUUGAUCUUGAUAUGUCAGACAUUCCACACAAAUGUGUUUGCAGUAUGUUUUCCUGAAGUGGAAACUCAAGUCUGGAUGAUAUUUCUAUGAAUGUGUACUUACCACUUAUCAAAACAAUUGCCAUGUUCUUUUAGAAGCAGGUAGCUUAUUCGUUAUGUUAUAAUGUGUUUUUUUAAAUACCGGAUAUAUGUUUUAAACAGAUUUUAUUGUUUGUCUCAUUUAUUUUGUAUCCAAAGAGUAGAAAUAAGCACUCAUGAAGACAUUCACGGUUCACCUGGGUGGUGCGUUGAAAGUUUACUUUGUUCUAUUUUACAUAUUUGUUUAUAUUCGUUGACAGCUGCGUGUAGACUAGUCCUGAUCACCCUAUACAUCCCACAGGCCACGCGGUGGGGAAUCUCCCGUCUGUAUCGUUUCCGUCUCUACGUGCGUUGUGUGUGGGCCGUUCCGAUGCUUCGCACGGCAUUUUGCCGACUAGGGAUUAGAGGCAGCCCUUGCUGCGAAGAAUUGCAGAAUGAAGCGAGUUUUUAUUCAGAUGAUUGUGGACUGUACUUUGCCCUUUCUAUUAAACAUAAUUAAAACGCCGACUGCUGAAUUGCCA